AAUACAGAAGUUUCUCUUCCUGUAAUAGCUGUGAUAUUGAAAACCCAUGACAGGAAGGACCUGCCCAUAAGAUGACAUCCACAUAUUGCCUGAUGAUACAGAACAUUUGCCAGACUGGCCCAGGACAACAGCUACGGACACUACUGGGACUCACCAUGAUGGUCAUGCUCACAGGGCUGUUGUUCCUUGGUUUUAUUGUGGAACACAAGAUGGCAGGACAGGCAGGACAUCUUCCAAAGCCCAUCAUCUGGGCUGAGCCAGGCUCUGUGAUUGCCUUACAUACACCUGUGAUUAUCUGGUGUCAGGGUUCCUGGGAGGCCCAGGAGUAUCGUCUGUAUAAAGAGCAAAAUGGAUACCCUUGGGACACUCAAUUCCCUCUGGAAACCAAGAAUAAGGCCAAGUUCAACAUUCAACACACGACAACUGACUAUGCAGGCAUCUAUAAGUGUUAUUUUAGGACCUCUGUUGGACACUCACAGCACAGUGAUGCCAUGAAGCUGGUGGUGACAGGGGAGUGGAUGCUCUGGGAACCAUGUAUGUGCCUUCUCCUGAGAAGGAGGUCUGUUCUCUGGGAGCUCUUCUCUCAGAGUCCAGUCCUAGAAGACAAUAUCAAUAACUCUUGUUCAUUUCAUAUCUUGCACCUUGUAUCCUAGGAGCACAUGAAAAGCCCAGCCUGUCAGUCAGGCCAAGCACUAAUGUGACUUCUGGAGUGUCCGUAGCCUUUACCUGUAGCU